UGCAGGGUGACUAGCCUUCUGACACCCACACACCUUGUUCUCUCCCAUCUCAUACCCGCAUUGUCCUAGAACAAGAGGCAAUGCCUCUGCCGAGACGUCGAUCCUCCUUCCUGAACCAACCUGCCGCCAAGGAGCGCCCAGGUAGUGCCAACACCAGGGUUGGCACCGCAGGCAUCACCAAUGCCCCCCGGGGAGUCUUUGUGGGGACGGCCCCCGCGGGCAUCGCCUCCAGCAUGGGCACGCGCGUGUCACGACGAGCCCUGGGCAUCAGCAGUGUGUUCCUGCAGGGGCUGAGGUGCACGGCCGUGCCUGUGAUGCCCCACGGGGUCGGGACCAGUGGCAGGCAGUACCCUGGGGGCGCCGAGAGCCUCAACAGCUGCCUGAUGGAGUACAGGGACAAGGUGCACGCCCUGGAGCAGCUCAACCAGCAGCUGGAGGAGCAGAUCAAGCACUGCCUGGAUCGUAAGGUGUCCAGCGCUGGAGCCUGGGGUCCCCUCAGACAAGACUGGGAGGAUGUUUACAGACAUGUUAGUGAGUCCAUCCUUGCCAAUGCCAGGCUAAUGCUGCAGACAGAGAAUGUGCAGGCCAACGCUGAGGACUUCAAGGACCGGUAUGAGAAUGAACAGCCGUUCAGGAAGGCAAUGGAGGAAGAGAUCAGCUCUCUGUACAAGGUGAUUGACGACGCCAACCUGACCAAGUCGGACCUGGAGAGCCAGAUGGACAGCAUGAGGGCUGAGCUUCGGGACUUGGCCUGUAACCACGAGGAGGACGUGAGGGUGCUCUACAAGCAGAUGGCAGGUGGCGAGAUGGACGAGCUGGACGCUCCCAUUGAGACCAAUCUGGACCAGAUACUGGCCUACAUUCGCUCCCACUGGGAAAGAGUCAUCGAGAAGAACCGUGCCGAGACCGACGCCUAUCUGGAAUGCAAGCAGGCGGAGAGUGUGGGCAGUAAACUGAGCCGUGAGGAGGAGGAGCUGGAGAGUCUGAAGACAGAGUGUAACGAUGCUGGCUGUAAGAUCCAGAGUCUGCAGGCCCAAACUGAGUCUAUCAGAGCACUGAAGCGAGGUCUGGAGAACUCCCUGAACGACGCCAGGCAUUGGCACGACAUCGAGCUGCAGAACCUGGGAUCCGUCAUCGGCAAGCUGGAGUCGGAGCUGGGUGACGUCCACGGCGACGUCGAACAACAGCGUCACGACUAUGAGACGUUGCUGGGAAACAAAAUGCGUCUGGAGCUGGAAAUCGGCACCUACCACGGCAUCUUGGACGGGGAGGAGAGCCGCUACCACCCCUCCAUGUGCGCAGGUGCAUCAGAGCCGAGGGGAAACAAACUCCCCUUCCUCCCCAUUCAGAGCCCUAUGGCAGCCCAGCCCUCCAAGGCUCCAACACAUCUAGUCCCUAGUGGAAGGACAUUUGGGGAAUAAAUCUCUCACACCGUUGUUCUCCAAGAUAUCUGUGCAAAGUUUCCUUUUGAAACCAUGUUUUUACUACAGAGUUGAAUAAAAUCGAAACCUCUG